AUGUUGGAUUGUGGGCCAGUGGUUGUGUCUGUGGUGCUAUACGUUCUGUUGAUGCCGGGGUUGCUUUUUCAAGUACCUGGUCGUUCAAGGUGCGUUGAGUUUGGAAAUUUUCAGACCAGUGCUGCUUCCAUACUCGUCCAUUCCCUCCUCUACUUUGGUCUCAUCUGCCUCUUCUUGCUCGCUGUGAAGGUCCACUUUUACAUCGGCUAG